GCGGGUAGCCAGGAGUAACGCUAGCCGAUGGAUGAGCGGGUAUCGGACUUGUUUGGCUCGGGAAAUGGACACUGCUCUGGGUCUCAAGCGGCCAACUUCAAACCGGGAAACGGUUAUGGGGUAGCCUCGAAAAAAGCCUGUGUUAAGAACAACAAGAAAUCCAAGGCUCGGUUCGCUCGCAACUUCAAACCAAGCAAUAACACCCCGUAUCUACCUCCGGAGGCUGAAGAGGGAAAUAUAGAGUACAAGCUGAAGCUGGUGAGUCCCACACAAUACCGCUUUGAGCACCUAGCAACACAGAUGAAAUGGCGUCUGCAGGAGGGUCGAGGUGAAGCUGUCUAUCAAAUAGGGGUUGAGGACAAUGGCAUGCUGGUGGGACUAUCAGAGGAAGAUAUGAGGGCAUCACUGAAGACCCUCCAUAAACUGGCAGAGAAAGUUGGAGCUGAUAUCACCGUUUUAAGACAGCGAGAGGUAGACUAUGACUCUGAUGUUCCUCGUAAGAUUGCCGAGGUUCUCAUUCGUAAGGUGCCAGAUGACCAGCAGUUCUUGGACCUACGUGUAGCUGUGCUGGGUAACGUGGACUCUGGCAAGUCCACUCUGUUAGGUGUGUUAACACAGGGGGAGCUUGACAAUGGCCGGGGCAGAGCGAGGCUCAACCUCUUCAGACAUCUUCACGAGAUUCAAUCGGGACGCACUUCGAGCAUCAGCUUUGAGAUCCUUGGCUUCAAUAGUAAAGGAGAGGUUGUGAAUUACAGUGAGUCUCGAACAGCAGAGGAGAUUUGUGAGAGUGCCUCUAAAAUGAUCACAUUCAUUGAUCUGGCGGGUCACCACAAGUACCUGAAGACCACCAUCUUUGGCCUCACCAGCUAUUGUCCAGAUUUCGCUAUGCUGGUCGUCAGCGCAAAUACUGGCAUUGCUGGUACCACCCGAGAGCAUCUUGGUCUUGCCAUGGCCCUGAAGGUUCCCAUCUUCAUUGUGAUAAGUAAGGUGGACCUCUGCACUCGGGCCACAGUGGAGCGCACGGUGCGGCAGUUGGAGCGCGUCCUGAAGCAGCCGGGCUGCAACAAGGUGCCCAUGGUCGUAAGCAGCACAGAUGAUGCUGUCACGGCGGCACAGCAGUUCGCCCAGUCACCAAGCAUCACACCCAUCUUCACCUUGUCCAGUGUGUCUGGAGAGAGUCUAGACUUGCUCAAGGUCUUCUUCAACAUCAUCCCUCCUCUCAGCAACAGCAAGGAGCAGGAGGAGCUAAUGCAACAGCUAACUGAGUUUCAGGUGGAUGAGAUCUACACAGUCCCAGAGGUGGGGACAGUGGUGGGAGGUACCCUGUACAGUGGGAUUUGCCGUGAGGGAGAUGAUCUGGUGGUUGGGCCCACAGACUCCGGCCAGUUCCACAAGUUAACCGUCGGAAGCAUCCAAAGAAACCGCUCUGGAUGCAGGGUGCUCAGAGCUGGCCAGGCUGCCACACUCGCCCUAGGCAACUUUGACCGGUCGCUACUACGCAAGGGCAUGGUGAUGGUGAGUCCGGAGAUGGAUCCUACAAUCUGCUGGAUGUUUGAGGCUGAGAUUGUGUUGCUCUUUCAUGCCAAGACCUUCCACAAGGGCUUUCAGGUUACUGUGCACAUAGGCAAUGUGAGACAGACUGCCACUGUGGAAGCUGUGUAUGGCAAGGAGGAGCUGAGAACUGGGGAGAAAGCAGUGGUUCUCUUCAAGUUCAUCAAACACCCAGAAUAUCUGAAGGUAGGAGCGAAGGUGCUCUUUAGACAGGGUGUGACCAAAGGUAUCGGCCAUGUCACCAAGUUGCAACCAAUCGCCCAGUACCUACCAUCACAAAGCGAGGACGAGGAAACCUGAAAUUUGUCAAAGAACCACAACAGAAAACACCAUCCCUCCAAUAAAUGAGGUGCUUUACUUAACCUCUUGUUUUCUCCAAAGAACACCCUCAUCCCUGCACAGUAAAACCCUCUAAGAGGAUUUUGUUGUUUUACUACCCUUUUCCAAAGCCUUGUUGCCACCAUUGUCCCCCUUUUUUUUUUUUUUUACUCUUAGGCAUUUUAUAAACCGCUGUUACUCAAGUCUGUUUUCUGGCUUUGGAUUUUAAAGUGUUGCUUUAAAUGGUACUGGUAAGAGUAAACCUCUUAGCCCCCUACUCAUCAUAUUCACAAAGCAACAUCUACUAAAGUUAUCCAUCAACUGUCAAAAACACAUAGUUGCAAUGCAUGCAUUAGUAAGUAUGUUCAAGUGCUACUUACACCUGAAUGCACUCCUAACACGUUUAAAAAUGGAUGCACACACAGACUUGCACUAAACAUAAAAGCCAGUAUUGAUAUACCUUUGGCAGGAAAUCGUUUACAACAGUUGCAGGUAUGACAUACUUGAACAUGAGAGUGUAACAUGUAUCAAAAACAUCACUACUUUCAUAGUGACGCAACAACUUGUUACCAACACAGUGCCUGAGCUCAGUUGUCUUAUAUUAAACCAACUCUCUGAAAACAACUAAUGGAGAACAUGGAAAAACAGUAAAAGUAAUGAGAUACUGUUGUGGUUCUCAGACAGUUUGUUAGUUGAAUUUAAGCCAGAUCAUGUUUAAGCUAUUAUGCUGAUAGGGCACUUUGGAAAAUGUAAAGGAGAGCAUUACAAAGUAUGCAAAGCUAGACUCAACCUGCCAAGAUAUAUCACAUUUUAACUGGUUUUAUGUAAUAAAGUUUGUGAGAAUUAUGUUCUUUAGUCACAAAUGAUGCCUCACGAUAGUGUAGUGAAAUUGCUAUCUAUCUUUCAAGUGCUUUAGUUACUCAGGUCCAUCUAGAUAAUGGUGAUAGACAGCAUUCCUCUCUCACAUGACUCCUCCUAUGGAGGUUUCUAUUUGAACUGGGUGUUCCUCCCAAAGCGACAUUCAGCAACAGUGUUUCCCAGCAAUUUUGUCGGAGGAGCUUGAUGUCAUCUCCUCACUUAUGUUACUGAUGUCACUAACUUUGAAGGGGUUUAACACAGUGCCUAGUGGAACUACUUUUUAUGUAGCUUUCCAUUACAACCCAAAGUUUUACAACCUUAAUUAUGUUGGUGCUACUCUGUAAAACAUUUUGUUGAUAUGAGAUGCUACUGUCUGUUUGAGGCUGGUUUUGGCCUCAUUGUCUGUCUUAUUAUAGCAUGUUGGUGUGAUUUAUAGAAGUUGAUGUCCCACUGACACAAGUGAUAGAAAAGACAACAGCAAUGUGUGCCCUGUUUUGUUGCACCCACGUUGAUAUGCACAGUUUGUGUGUUAAAUCAAAGAGAGAAAAACUAAGAAUGCAAUUCAACCAAAUCAUUUUCUAUUCUUUAUGAAGUCUUUAUCAGGUGUUUGUUUUAAUACACCUAAGAAUAUUUUAUAGAUUUCUAGUUGCAGAUUUUACUAUUCAUUUUAACAGUUUUCACUGACAGCCUUCUUUAUUACAUCAACUCUUGUUCACUGUUUUGAAAUCACCUUUCAGAUAUUUUUGCCUUUUAAUAGAAUAUGUAAUAUGUUAAUUGUUUGGGUGAAAUGCAAUAUUUAUGUACAGAUCCAAUUUGUCUGUCUUGGUGAACAUGAAUAAAACUUUGUCUCUUUA